GGUGCCGCGUGUCUCGACGCAAGUCUGCCCAGUGCCCUAGUGACCAAAAGCCCUGUUCGCAGUGCGAGUAAACACGGCGUCGAGUUAACUCGCGUCCAACUCUUUUUUUCCCACGAUUCUCGUUCAGUGAUCCUUUCACGGCAAUCGACUACGUUGAAUUGUACUGGACAAAAAGAAAAAAGAAAAAAAGGAAAAACGACAGAGCGUGACCGCGUAUAUUCGCAAUAUUGCUAAUGCGGCCGUUUCGCGACACCAGCUUUGGAGGUUUCUUGCCAAUUUCAACAACAAGACCAGUGCCAAUGUUCGUGCUCGUGUCAACGACUCCUAGUUUUAUAAUAAUGAAAUGAUCACAGUGUGUAAUAUCCGCGAGAUACGCAUGGAUUGUUUCCUAUAAACAGUUUGUUUCGCUACAGUGCUGUUACUUCGUAUAAUUCUUACUUAAAUUUGCUGUAAAAUUUCUGCACCCGAUCAGUGAAGUGGUGAAAAAAAACUUUGUGAAACUGUUUCUUGAGAGACAAUCGUUCGUUAACGUAUAAUACACAUUAUAAAGUAUGCGUGUGAUUACUCGCUGAAGCAACAACUUCGGUUGUAAUCAAACUUUAAACCCGACUCCCCCCCUCACUAAGCGUUGACGCUAAUUUAUGCCAUACUUCAAGUAAGUGCGUUCAGCACGCCAAGAUGAUUGCCGGCGUAAAUAGUUCUCUCACAAAUCCAUCCGACGAGAGAUAGUCGAUGAUCCUAGCCUCAUCACUUGCUGCGAUUAUGUUUAACGAGAUGACCGGGAUGAGACAACCGGUCUGAAAUUAACCAACAGUGCAGGCUAACAACGCGAGUCAGAAAAGUGCUUGAAUGUUCCCUUGAAUAAAUGGAGGAACUGCUAGCUGGGUUGUUGCAGGCACCGAUUCUUCUUCCACCCAAAGUGGAAAGUUCGGCGCUGCAGCUGGUAUGUCCGCUGGAGUCACGUCCCGUUCAACUUGUCUACCGGAAUCUCCAGGUGGUCAAGGACAAGAGGGCUCUCCUCCGCGACGUAUCAGGGGUCGUCAAACCGGGAGAGCUACUCGCCGUCAUGGGACCGUCAGGCUGCGGGAAAACAACGCUGCUGAAUUGUUUAUCCGGACGAGUUGGUCUGGACGGUGGUGAGAUUUGGCUAAAUCGAGAACGUCUUACGAAGAGGUGGCGCCGAAGGAUAUGCUACGUUCAGCAACAGGACGUCUUCUUUCCGGAUCUCACCUUGAGGCAAACACUCGAGUACCAGGCUCGCCUCAGGCUGCCAGACACGCUUUCACACUCUCAGAAGAUGCAGUGUGUAGACCACAUAAUCGAGGUUCUUGACCUCGCCGCCUGCCAAGACACAAUUAUUGGAGACUACACGAAACGAGGCCUUUCCGGCGGCGAGAAGAAGAGGACAAGCAUCGCCUGCGAACUUCUCACCAAUCCUUCUUUAAUGCUCCUCGACGAGCCCACGAGCGGACUCGACUCCCAUUCGGCCCAGGCUCUGAUCUCCCGGUUGAAGAAGUACGCCGAACAAGAAGGAAAGAGCAUCGUCGUCACGGUCCAUCAGCCCAGUUCGCGAAUGUUUCACAGCUUCAACAAGCUGCUCCUACUCAGCAGAGGCCAGGUAGCAUACUACGGGCCGACGAACAACAUCGGCAGAUUUUUCUCCACCAUCGGCCUCACCUUACUCCCGCAUUACAACCCCGCUGACUUCAUACUCGAACAAAUAAAGGGACCGGAAGAGGUUCGAGAGAGGAUAGUGGCUGCGGCUAGGGCGGCGAGGCAGGGAAUCGACUGCCCGUUGGAACUUCGACCAGACUACAACCCCAGCCAGCAUCCGCUCUGCGAUCACCUGAUCCAUUAUCACGAGCACCAUAUCACCCACAAUGGAAACGGAGAAUGCAAGGACAUUACGAACCGAGGAAAACUGGAUAUGUGUGUGGUCAUUAACCCCCCGAACCACAACACCAGCAGUCACGUUUACAGCGCGAUCGUAAAGGAGGAUGACGGAAGGACCCUUUGGCUCGAUACCCAAAGUCACGCGAGUAGCAGCACAAGUUCUUCGGACGACGAUUACUCCUGGCACUGGCCAACGAGCUUUUGGUCUCAGUUCAAAGUACUGUCUGAGCGGAACUUCCAAGAGGCCAGACCCAGAAUGCUGUCCCGGCUGAACUGGCUCCAGACAGUCGCGUUGGGUCUUUUGGCGGGUCUCCUUUGGCUUCGCCUUCCAAGAACAGAGGCCGCCCUCCACGACAUCCAGGGAUGGAUGUUCUUCAGCACAACUUACUGGAUGCUGUUCGCCCACUUCGGAGCGCUCUCUAGCUUUCCUCCCGAACGCGAGGUAAUCAACAAGGAGCGUCUCUCGGGAUCGUAUCGCCUCUCGGCUUAUUACCUCGCCAAAAUGGUCGGCGAGUUACCGUUGACAAUCACACUACCGGCGGUUUAUCACAUAAUCAGUUAUCCAAUGCUGGGUUUUCACAGUCCGGCUGUGUUCGUCACUCUUCUGGCGUUUCUCCUGCUGAACACGGUCGUCGCCCAGAGCGUGGGCUUCUUCGUGGGCGCCUGCUGCCUCGACCUCCAAGUCAGCAUAACGGCAUCGGCGCUCUACACUCUGGGGACGCAAUUACUUGGCGGGUAUCUCGCCACCGCUGUACCCCCGUGGCUCGCCUGGGCGAGAUACGCCAGCAUGGUUCACUACGCCUAUCAGAAUAUGCAGAUACUCGAGUUCGGCGUCGGGGAGCCAAUCAUGUGUGCCCAACCGAGCAAGUUUUCCGAGUGCAAGAACGGAACGACGAUACCGGUAUCAGCGAUCUUAGAGGGACCGGGCGGUGCUGCCGGUCCUGGGUUGCCGUUGUGGGCAAACACUGCGGUUCUACUAGCAUUCUUAGUCGUAUUCAGGACGCUAGGAUACCUAGUUCUACGUUAUUAUCGCGUACCCAAGUGAGCGUAAUAAUGAAACGCCACCUAGAAUCCAAUUUUGUACACAAGUUUUCACGGAUCUUUAUUAUUAUAAUAUACUAUACUGAUAUCACUGUUAUAAAUACAAUGUAAUAAUGCGAAGAUAUAGUACUCAGCAAUACGAUUUAAUGGAUAGUAACGCGUUGGAGGGUCCGAUUAGACGAAGAAAAAAAAAUUAUCGUAGACCAGAUGGAGAAAACGAUGUUUGACGUUGUGGUAAUUUUUUUUCUUCUUUCGGUUCCUUUUUUUUCUCUUUUCAUCGUGGUAAGAAUGGUAUGAUCAUUAAAUAUUGCCAUGGCGUGAAAAUAAUAAACAAAAAAAAAACAAAGACAAUGAAUUUGAGGAAAAAACGAAAAAGUAUGGAAAAAACAUGCUGAAAAUCGACUGACAUUUUUACGAGCGAUGGACAUUUUUAAAUGAUUUUAGGAUAGACUUAAUGUAAUUUUAAGUAUGUAAUAGGUAUAUCAUAAUACAUAUUAUAUGGAUAUGUAUAAUAAUAUAAGACGCGGAGAAGCGUUAAUAGUGAAACAUUAUGCUGCCAACUUUACAAUAGUAUCAAUUCUCCUUACAUUGCAUAUAUUUAUAUGUGUAAUGUGAGUAGUAUAUAAACAUGUAUAUUCACGUAACUUGAUCACGGGCUAAAAGUUCAGAGAGAAGAAGAGAAAAAUAUCCAAACUAAACUGAAAGAAAAUGAAGAAAAAACAAUAAAAAAUCAACGUAUACUUAUAUGAAAUCAUUAAUCUGUACAUAUAUACAUAUAUAUAUAUGUGUGUGUGUGUGUCUAUAUAAAACAAAUUGUACGCGAGUGGUAUAAAAAGAUGUGAGAUCGUUUGACCAGUUGCGGAUAACAAAUAAACAGUGAAAGCGAAAGACCGAUGUCAGAUGCUUACCUAGAUCCUCUCCGGAUUCUUAAGGACGUUGAGUUGCUGUCUUGUUCGCAGUUCACUUUGCUCUGGCAUUAAUGAGUCCCGUCACUGAUGUCACUCUGAUUCGAAUGAGAUAAAUCGAAGUGUUUGAACUUUGUUCUCACUUAAAUUCAAUUCGUUUCACUUGACGCAUUAGAUCAAAUAUUACGCUACGUAUGUACAUGUAUAUGUAUCUAUAUAUGUAAGAUAUAUCCGCGUACAUAGUAGUAGACCUGUAUUAUAAUAAUAAUAAUAAUAAGAACAACAACAACAACAACAACAACAACAACAACAACAAUAAUAUUAUUAAUAAUAAUAAUAUUACAUCGGACCGUUUAAUAUUAUAAUACAAUAUGAAUACUUUACUGGAAUAUUUAAACGAGAGAACACAAGGAAACAAAACAAUUGUUUAAACAAAGAUUUGGCUGUGUAAACAUUGUAAUAAUUAUUGAUUUUUAUCAGUUUUUUACUUAAAAUAUUUAGAGAGAAAGUAGAAGAGCGACAGAAGGAAAGAGAUAGAUAGAGCGAGAGAAAGAGAGAGAGAGCGAGAUAGAGUGAGGGAGAGAUAGUGAGCGAGAGAGAGAAUAAAUGACUGCUUUUUAUUAUCGAGCGAGUGAAUGAUGAUAAAUAAAUUUCGGUGGGGCGUUUGACGGAUAAAUGAUCCGCUUUGCGGCCGGAAACGCGAAUGGGGGGUAAUUGAUGAGUAACGGCGCGUGAUUUCACGUGAUUCGUGUUAUUGAGACCCGGGUUUGAGUCAAGGUUAUUUUAUUUCUUUUUUUUUUUCAUUUCGAUUUAUCCUUACCUUUUAUUUCUUAUUUUUCCUUGCUACCCGUCAGCGGCUAACGCGGUGACAUGAUCAGAAAGAGAGCGCAUAAAGUUUA